CACGCAUAAGUCAAAUAUUGAGGUAGAUUUAAAUUGACUACAGAUUGAUUGUCCCUAAAUCUGAAAUGACUUUUAUAUCAUCAAGACUCAUAGUAUUAAUGUCGCUUUUGAUGGCAUGAUUGGCAUGGUGAAUAGCUGUAUCAAGAAAUACUCUUCAAAGACGCCUUUUUUGUACUCUCAUUUUAAGUCAAGAGACUGGUUUAUCAACAAAUUUCCGGUCAAAGCAAGAGAGCACGAUGUAUGUAAAAAUGGCUAUGCAUUGUUUGGAGAUAAGACGGUGACGACAGGUGUGGUGAGUACAAAGCAAGUGCGGGAAAGAUGAAAUAUCUUUCUUUAAUUGAGCAGCUAGUACUGCUUGUCAGUAACGAUGAAACCCUUGAGCUUGUGAAAUCAUCCGAGAAGUAUGAGGAGAAUCAAGAUGUUCUCUAUGACUCUUUUGAUGGUAUCCUUGGUGAAACUUUUUCCGUUUUACAGCAACAGAAAAGACCGACUGGUCCUCUAUCUUGGUCUUUAUAAUGACGAAUUCUUAGUUUUUAAAAAUGGAAAGCACGCGAUGACUAUCUUCCACUUGGUUACUUUGAACUUACCCAAGGCAAUCCGUACUGAAAACAAGUACAUGCUUCAGCUAUGUGUUGCUCCUGGCCCAAAGUCUCCAAGAGAACUUUUUUCGUUCAUCAAGCCGAUUAAGCAAGAAUUGGAAAUUUUGCAAUCGAAAGGCUUUAGACUGUCAGGUUCAAGCAUGGCUGUUAAUGCACAUAUUCUGUUUGCAUCUGGUGACAUUCCUGCUUGUGCUAAGCUUGCUGGUCAAUCAGGACAUGUCCACCUACGCGGAUGCAGAUGCUGCAUUAUCAAAGCAGCAAGAAUCGAAAACAGAAUUUUUUUUUUACUUCUGAAUUAUUCUAUCAAGUAAAUUCAGGCACUCUUUAUCUUUUUAUUCAGCAUGGUCAACUUUACACAAUCUGGUAGCUACGCACUGAACUUUUUUACUUUUACUUUACCUUGUUUGACACUUACUAUGAAUUCCAAUUGAUGCUUCUUUUUUUGUAAAAUAUUUUUCACUUUACUUGUAUUAAAACACGAUGAGCAGUAUUUUUUAUCCUGAAAAUGGUCAAGGAAAGUUUUUCGAUGAACAUGGGAAUGAGGU